AUGAUGCUUUUUACUUUAGAGACUAGCAAUUACCAUACCGCCACGGCAGCCCUUGGCAUCGCCGCCUUCAUUGGCUGUUUAAUUUAUCUUAUCAGUGCCCUCAUUGACAGCCGCAAGGUCUUUUCGAGAUUCAACCGCGACCCUUCAUUCAGUCACGGAACUGAGAAAACUCCGGGAAAGAUAGGGCAGGAUCUGAGUUAUGUGAAUUCAUUUCCGCCACCCCAGAGACCCAAACUGGUAGAGCUCGGCUCACAAUAUGCGAACGUGGAGGAGGUUGACUUGGCCACGGCGACGAAACCUCUCCUGAAGUUGGAUGCAGACUACCGCACUGCCAGCCCUAAUGAAUUCAACUUUAGUGGUUUCAGCAUCGCCGAUAUCAAGUCUCUGGGUGACUUCCCUGACUACGCAACGCUCUCCGGUGUUCCCCUGCCAUCACCGUUGACAGGCUUCAAUGUUGACAAGGCGGUCCCGCGGCCGUAUCGACCGUUCAGAUGGGCUUAUCAUCAGACCAUGUCAUUAACAAAGAUGGACACGGACUUCUGGAUCGAGCUCGAAAGCAGCUAUAAGAGCCGAAUCGCCCAGCGUCGAGAGCUAUAUGCCAAGCAUGGCAGAGAUAUCUUGGCAUCUUUGCCCGGCUCUGAGCUCGCCUGUAAAGAGCUUAUGGAGAUGGCCAUUCAGUUCGUUUGCGCGAGGUAUCCGAACCAGUUCAAGCGCGAUGACAACACUCUCGUCAACAACAUGUUGGGAACUACGACUGACCUCUCAAGAACCGAGCCGCUCGUUGUGCUGCUGAACAAUAUCCCCGAGGAUUUUGCCGUCAUGAUCAGGGACCAUGAAACCGGCCGCUAUGUGCUGCGAGCUGGCGUUGUAUGCUCAGCUGUCGGAUGGAAGGUGAGUGAGAAACUGGGCAUGGGACUCCCUGCCAUCCACGGGGGCGUCCCUGAUUACAAGGAGAAGAUGCAGUUUAGCAUGGACAGGUUCUUCACCAAGAUGCCGACAAACAAGCCCAUCCAAAGGGGGUCAUGGGGCCUCGAAGUGGGCCAGCCCUUAUUUCUGCCAUCAGAAGACCCUAAAUUUGCUCAUCGUGAAUAUCAAAAUCCCGACUUGAAGCCUGGGGAUAUCAAUCUACGAGUCGAUUGGCAGACGUUGCGUCGUCUUCCGCUGUCCGGCGCUGUCGUCUUCAACUUCAAAGCUCUGUUUACCCCGCUGAAUGAGUUCAGGAACGAGCCAUACAUACCUUCUAUAGUGCUCAAGGUCCUUAACGAAGGCAAAGAAAGUAUUCUCAAAUAUAAAGGCGUAUGGCAUGUGGAGCACGUUGCUAAGCCAGCCUUGAUGGAAUUCGAGAGGUACCAAAUCGAAAGCGGUCUUAUCGAAAGGAAUUGGGAAACUCAAACUCUACCGGAAGCACCGUUCUUCAGGGGAUGGGAGACGAAGUGGACUGUAGAAUAA